ACUGGACGCUCCAUGUGUCCGUUACCACUCGAUCCACCCACGGGAGCAGGCAGAACAAAAACACUACAGAAAGUGGCCAAGAAAGUACUUGCUGGCACUCGGUAAAGCAUCUGUUCUGGACAAAGCAAAGAAAAGAGAAGAAAAGAUCCUCGCAAGAAGUGCUGAAAAGUGAAGAAAGCCAGAGAGAGCGGAAAAGCCAUCUUAAUUGUCUGGAGGAAGAGCGAACUGCCACCGAAAUGGGGCAGAGCAGUAAACCUGGAGCUGGCGGAGGAGGGGGCGGCGGCGUGGUCUGUCCCUCGACGGCGAUCAGUGGUUGUGCCUCCGGAACGGCUCUCAUCCAACUGGACGCUUCUGCCCAAGGAGCCGUCGGAGCAGGAGAAUCGGAGCAUGAACGUGGCACCUGGACGGGUCGCUUCGAUUUCCUUCUCUCGCUCCUGGGCUAUUCGGUGGGCUUGGGAAAUGUUUGGCGUUUUCCCUACCUGUGCUACAACAACGGAGGAGGGGCCUUCCUUAUACCCUUUACCAUAAUGCUGGUGAUUGCCGGACUUCCACUGAUGUUUAUGGAACUGUCCUUCGGUCAGUACGCCGCCCUGGGUCCCGUGGCCGUUUACCGCAGGUUCUGCCCGCUCUUCCGAGGACUGGGAACCGGCAUGAUCCUGGUCUCCGCCAUAGUGAUGCUCUACUACAACCUGAUCAUCGCCUGGACCAUCUUCUACAUGUUCGCCUCGUUUGCCCCGGUGCUGCCGUGGCAGAAUUGCGAGCCCGCCUGGAGCACAAAGUAUUGCUUCUCGUACGCCCAGGCGGAUCAGUGCGAGGCCACCAAUGGCACCUACUACCACAGGACCUGCCACAACGCCACCUCCGCGGCGGAGAACAACAUCACGGCCUUGGCCCUCGGCGCCCUGAAGCGCCCCCCCGCCGAGGAGUAUUUCAACAAUUUCGUGCUCGGGCUGUCCAAGGGCAUCGAGGAGACGGGCAGCAUUAAGCUGUCACUGGCUGCCUGCCUCUUCCUGGCCUGGGCGAUUGUGUUCCUCUGCCUGUGCAAGGGAGUGCAGUCCUCCGGCAAGGUGGUCUACUUCACGGCCCUGUUUCCCUACGUCGUCCUGGUAAUACUCUUUGUCCGAGGUGUCACCCUGCCGGGUGCCAGCACGGGCAUUAUCUUCUACCUGACGCCCGAUUGGAAGCAGCUGGCCAAUGCCCAGGUGUGGGGCGAUGCUGCGGUCCAGAUAUUCUUUGCUCUGAGUCCGGCCUGGGGAGGUUUAAUCACACUCUCGUCCUACAACAAGUUCUCCAACAAUUGUUACAAGGACUCCCUGAUCGUGGCCUUCUGCAACAUAGCCACCUCGUUCUUCGCCGGCCUGGUGAUCUUCUCCAUCAUCGGCUUCCUGGCGCACGAGCUGAACGUGGAUGUGGAGAAGGUGGUGGACCAGGGCGCGGGCCUGGCCUUCAUUGUCUACCCGGAGGUGGUCACCCGACUGCCCGUCUCGCCCGUGUGGGCCGUCCUAUUCUUCGUGAUGCUCCUGACCCUCGGGCUGGACUCGCAGUUCGCUUUGAUGGAGACGGUGACCACUGCGAUUCUGGACAGGUUCCCCAACCUGAGGCAGUACAAGAUCUGGGUGGUCCUGUCGGUGGCCAUUUUUGGCUACAUCGGCGGCCUGGGCUUCACCACUAACAGCGGCAUGUACUGGCUGCAACUGAUGGACAAGUAUGCUGCCAACUGGUCGGUUCUGCUGAUUGCCAUAUCGGAGUGCAUUCUGAUUGCCUGGAUCUAUGGCUCCCAGCGGUUCCUCAACGACAUCCAGGGCAUGAUUGGCAAGCGGUCGUGGUUCUGGAACUUUUUCUGGAGCACCAUGUGGCGUUAUAUCACCCCAGCCACCCUCUUGUUCAUUCUGUUCUUCAACUGGGUGGAGUACAAGCCGGCCAAGUACGGUCACUAUGUGUAUCCCAUGUGGGCGGAUGCCGUGGGCUGGAUCGUAGGACUGCUGCCCGUGGUGGUCAUCUUCUUGGUGGCCUUCCAGGAGAUCUGGCGCGCCCCAAAGAACCUCAACUUCCGGGACCGCAUCAAGCACCUGCUGCAGCCCACCGCCGAGUGGGGACCAGCGGGAAGACCCUGUGUCAACCUGCAUGCCGAGCGCUACCAGAGCCAGAACUACGAUGGAGUGACCAACACCAAGAUACUCAUCGAGACGGAUUCCUCGCCCAAGCUGAGGGCGAACAGGAAGGACAAGCAACUGACCCUGGACGUGGAUGUGGACGUGGAGUGCCUGCCCCUGGCGACUGUUGGCAAGCGGCCAGGCCCGCCCAAAACAAUGGGCAAACAGAGCAGUGGCAGCAAUCUGCAGACUGCCAAGAACGGCACUCACAAGUCGCCGACAACCGAAAUUAGUCCCAGCAAGCAGCCACUUAUUCCGGCUGAAAAGGACACUAAGUCGGCCACCACAAAGGUCCUGGCUGCCGGAACCCAGGGCAGUGGACGUGAGUGCACCGCAAUGUCCACUUUUGCGGGCGGCGGGGAGAAGAAUCCAACGAAGCUCAGUUCGGCGAUAGUAGCAACAACUACUGCAACCGGCAACACCACGUCAUCAGCAGCUGUUGCUCCUGCUGCGGGUGUCAUCAAGCCAUCGCCACCAGCUUGUGUUGCACCUACAAUUCUGGGCAGUGUUGCACCUGCAACAGCACCAGUUGCUGCUGCGGCGAAUGGCAAAACCACGGCAGCUGCUGGCAAGGCUCCAGCCAAAACGAUGGCAUCAGCAAGUGCAGCUGGUGCCACCAAAGCAACUCCCCCAGCUAGUGUUGCAUCUGCAACAGCAACAGUUGCUGCCUUAAAAACGCCAUCAGCAGCAAUCGCUGCCCCAGCUAAAGUACCGCCAGUGGAUAAAGCAGCUCCAGCUUCACUCAAAACGACAAUAUCAUCUAGUGUUUCUGCUGCUUCAGGAGCAAUCACAACAUUACCAGCUAGAGUUGCAGCUACCACUUUGGUCGGUGUCUCGCCAGGAGCAGCAGUAGUUGUUGCCGCUUCAACUGUUACAGCUCCUCCUAAGGAAUUACCCUUGGGUAAGACGGCUCCACUCAAGACGACAAUAUCAUCAGCUGUUGGUGUCGCAGCUACAACCAAAGAAGCGACAACCGCAAACAUUGCUCAGGUCAAAGUAACCCAAGCAGUAAAAAUCACACCAGUUGCUGCUCCAUCGGCAGCCGUUGCUGCUGCCAAGACCACAACGGCAUCGGUGUCGAAGGCAAAUAUUGACUCUGGCAGCAAGCCAACGGCUCCAUUAUCCACUUUUAAGUCGGAUGGCAAACCAGCAACAAGCACUGCGACAACAACCACACCAGCAACAGUUGCUGCUGGUGCGACAAACGGCAAAGUCGCACCGAGUGGAGCCGGCUCGGCAAGGGCCACUAAUAUCCCAGCAACUGCACAGCCAUCGGGUAACCUAACAUCGUCCAAAACUGCCUCGAGCGCAAAGCCGACUGCCGCAACUUCAGCGGGAAGUGGCAAGGUGGCAGCAUCGGGCGACAUGUCCAGCAGCAGGCCCACAGAUAAUCCAUCGGCAUUAAAGGGCGCGGCCGGCAGCAACAUGACGGCCAAGUCGGCCAAAGGUGGCAUGUCAAAACCCAGCGAUACCAGCCCUACCAAGUCAGCAGUGAAAGCCACAAAGCCCGGCUCAAUCAGCCCCACAAAAGCUGCAACGUCUGCUGCCGGAGUGGCCAAGCCAGGAGCAACUGCAGCAGGCAGCAGCAGCAAGAAGGCAGCAGCGUCGGGCAGCCAAGCCAAAACGAAAGGCAAUACAUCGGCGGCAGCAACAUCAGCAACUAAGAAGUAAUAAGACCUCAAGCGCCCGAAAAGGGAUCUAUUUAGGUCAGAGGAAACGGUUCAACGCGUAGUUCCCAAUAUCGAAAACUAUUUUUAUAAGUGUAUGUGUAUCUAACGAGCUAAGCCACCCACUUAAACUGUAAAUGUAAAGAGUUCGAUUAGGCUACGUAAUCGCCCAAACGGACACUAACUAAGAUCAAGUAUUUUAUAGAUAUUUCAUUUGGAGCGACGGUGCGGGAGAGAGGACGAACGAACCUUCAUGUUUCCUAUGCGAAAGUACCUAUUUAUCAGUCAUCACUGUGGGACAGCUGUUCCUUAGUACCUUAUUUCGAAUGACGGCGGAAAGACUCGAUUGUAAUAACCGAACAAGUUAACGUAGGAUUUAGGACAGGUCUGCUGGUGUUUGUUUAGUUCCGCGUGUGUAUAUCCCCUUGGAUAGCCAGCAAUUGGGCGCCAAGUAAUCCGAGAGCAAUGUUGAAAGUGCAAUGGAAAACGUUGAGUUUUAAAAAGAUAUAAAUUUAUAUACAAAUAUACAAAGGUUACAACUAAUCGAUUUACACAAAUGACAGAUCAUUUGAUUGGUUUUUUACUGCAAAUAUUCUUAAGACUACUUUGGAGUGCAGGAACAUCGGAGGGCGGAGGUAAUUUUCCGUUUGCAAGGGCGUACAUUUGUUAAUAGGCCAGGAUACAUCACCCGGAAAACGCAAAAUCUAAUCCGUAAAUGUAAAGUGUAUAUGUAUCUAUGUGCUCACCGUACUCUAUGUUUUCUGUGCUAACGAGAGACUCAUGUACCUAAAUGUUAAUCAAGUUGCAUCAAAUCCCUAUUUGUGUGCAUUUGUAUAGUUAAGGCAAAAUAUUUAGAAACGUUUUAUGUGCGCGGACUAGAUGGAAACCAAGCCAAAUAAGGAUUAAUGCUCACAAGAAAACCGGAAAAAACAAUAAUUACAAGUACAUUUCUAGAAUUUAUAUAACCAUUGUUGUGUAUUCAUGUUGAAAGUAAAAUAUAUAAAUAUACUAAAUAUACAAAAAUAGAGCAAAUAUAAUAUUCGUAAAUAUUUAUAUGUGUUUGUACCUGUAGUUAGUUUGGAUAAUUAAAAACGUCACAUGUUCAGAAAGCAUGUAAUCUGAAGACAAUGUGUUACUAUUUUGCUUUUCAGUUCAUUUUGAUAUAAUCUAUUAAACAAAUUCAGGGGCACUCGAUUGAAACCCCAGACUCAUAAUUCAGCCCCUGAGAAUGUGUGAUAAAUAAUUUGCUCCGGCUCAAUGUAAUUUUCAAUUUGUGUCAAACAUACUUUAGGCGUAAGUGGAAAAUUGGAAACAGGAAUAUAUAUUAUAUGCGAAUUGAAAUUGUUGUAACUUGAGUUUGUUGUUGAUGUUUGUUUAGCGCAGUAGCUGUGACACACGCCUAAAACCUACAUGUGUACCUAGACCCUAGAAACGUAAAACGAUACUGCACUCAAACAAUUAAUCGCCGUGAAAUUUAUGAUUUCGUUAUUGCAGAUAUUCUAUGAAUAAAAAAUGACUAAACUAAAAAUGUGAAGAUUAUGUGAGGUAAAAAAGAAAUAAUUAUUUUAUUUGCGACUUUUUAUUUUACGGCAGUUAAUUGUUUAAUGGCAUGUACAUGGAGUAAUCAAAUUAGCCAUCAAUGUUGCAUGAUUGUUAGUUAAACUGGAUGUGUACCUGUAAAUUGAAAGUGGCGACGUAGUCUAAGCAAAAUUAUCAAGUUAAUGUAGUUAAGAAAUUAUGUACCGGCUGUUCGAAAAGAUAUAAAUAAAACCAAUGCAAUGCCGCAAUUUGCUCAAAACCUAACUUAAGUCGCAAGUGAAUACACAGAAACACAAACUGUCAAUUCAGACACGAUAUUUAUAAUUUUAAAUGUAUAGCAAGUUACCAACUUGCGUAAAAAAUAGUGAAAUAGGAAGAGUUUACUUUAAACAUUGAACAGAGGAGCUUCAAAUUUUAUAUGAAACUUUGGAACGCUAACGGAAUAAAUCAAAAUGUUUAAAUAAAAAAGCAAAGAACUAGGCCAGUAAUCGAACAACUGCAAUUCAUAUCCCUGUAAACCGAAAAACUAAUGAUUUCCGAAAUAAAACCCAUCAACCGGAAAACCCACCAGCUGCAUGAUCAACAAUAAAGUGAAAAGAGCAGAAAAUUUAUUCAAUGUAUGCAUUUUAAGCGAGUUAAUACUUAAGACUAGUUAACAGAAGUCGGAAUUUCAGGCAGAAGGGAAAAUAUUCAUAUUUUGCAGCAAAAGACACUUCUGGUGUUUUACCAUCGCUUUUGUUUUCUUAUGUCUGUUGAUUUGAAGAAUCAAAUGGUGUUUGCAGGGUUUGAAAUCAGAAAAGCUAUUUUCAGACGGACUCGAAUGGAUGCAUCAAAAGCCUCAGCCCAUUUUGUAAAACAAAGUGGAAACGCAGAACUGGGAGCUAAUUAUACAUUAUAUCUUAUUAAAAUAGAUGUGUAACACUUUUGCUGUUCUGGUAAUCAAAAAUAUAUGUUAUAUCAAAGUAAAGGUGUAAGCAAAUAAUAAACAUAUUCCACAGAUGCCAAUAACUAAACGAGUAAUCAUAAAUAAUUAUGUUAAAAUGUAACAUUAAGCAAGGAAAACAAUAUUCAUGAAUAAAUAUUUAUGGGUUUUAACAAAAA